AUGAAGCCAUCCAGAGCUUGGAUGGGUGGUGUGAGAAGAAGGGCGCAUCUCGCCUGGUUAGGGAGCCAGCAGGGGAGGCUCCACAGGGAGCAGGCUGAUGGUGGUUCCAUCCCCCCAGAGCCCAACCUUACCCAAGGUCCAGCUCGAAACUUGGCUCUUCUUCGAGGUUUCUCUUCAGCACCAGUCACACAAAAUGCUAUUGGCACAUUGGAAUUGGCAAGUCCUGCAACAAGUUGUGGUAUACCAACGGUUGUGUCAACUGAAGGUAAAUCACCAAGCAGUUUACCCGUGCUGAGAAGUCCAUCCUUGGGCACUACAUUUGUUGCACCAGUCUGGCCCACUGUGGUCCGUAGCUUACCAAGCCGGUGUAAAAGCACUGCACUCACUUUGCUGAAGAAUGCUGGUUCCUCUGCUACACUGGGGUCACAGAUGAAACACCACCGAUUUUGUACCUUGGCUGGAGACCAGUCAGUCACAAAUUCAGGUAACUUGCCAUCACUUUUGUUAAAUACACCUGCUUUCUGCGAUGCCAACCUGUUGUAUGUCUGA